UCAUAAAACUAGCAACUUAUCAGUUAGCAUAAGUUUGUCUUUUCUAAGGGAACUUACGAGUCCUACGCUAAUUUAUUUUUAUUUUAUUCAUUAGAUUAUUCAAAAAUAUUACGCUAUGACGCUGAUAAGAACACUCGUGAUUAUCUCUUUUAGCAUAUUAACGGCUACAGAGGCAUUCAAUUUUACUAUUACAAGAAUCCUAGACGAGAAAAUAUUAUUAAACAAUAACUCAAUAUUUGACUUUCAAAUAGCCGGUGAUUUUAAUUAUAACAAGGUCUAUAUGAUAAUAAAAAAACCCAUUACGGAAAAAGAUGAUAUUCUCAUUGAUGUAAUGGCGGAAAGAUUCGACGGUUUGAAAUUUCGGUUGGCCGAAAAUCCAAUUAAUCUUUGUAAAUUUCUUGCUGAAGAACAAUCUAUCAAUUUCGAACCACAUAUCCGACAAUUUCAUUUUUCGAGAGUAUUCAAUUUCGAAGGUCAACUUUGUCCGAUACUACCGGGUAGAAGAAAGAUACUACCGUAUAUGUUCCCGAAGAAUAUAACUCUUUUCAAUGACUUAGGUUGCGGGGAUUUUGUUUAUAAUAUUAACAUAAUCACUAGUAGUCCAAACAAUCCUGGCGAGCACAAAUAUUUGAUUUCUAGUCGAACGACUGUCAAUAUAGAGGGUAAAACUUGUUCAAACACUCUUAUAUAACAUUAUUUGUAAACAAAUUUUAUUUUAUUGUAUAAUUUUAAAUUCGAGAUUGUACAAUAUGUUAAUUGUAACGAUCCUUGUAGAACUUAUUAAACAUUGAUAAUAAAUGUAUACAUAAUAAGAA